AUGUUUAGUGGUGUUCGCGUACUUCUUUGCGCGGCUUGUGGCUCCGCAUCAGCCAUCAGUCAGGGAGUCUCGUCGGUUGGAGGCUCCGCUGGAAGGCCUUUUAAAAGGGAUCCACGACCGCUAUAUUUGGAUCUGCAGUCAACAACUCCGUUAGAUCCACGGGUACUCGAUAAGAUGCUGCCUUACAUGACUGAAAUGUAUGGCAACCCACACAGCCGUACACACAGUUAUGGUUGGACUGCUGAGGAGGCCGUUGAGAAGGCGCGGACGCAAGUGGCAGAUUUAAUUCGAGCGAGUCCCAAGGGUGUUUUUUUUACUAGCGGCGCAACGGAGUCCAACAAUAUUGCCAUAAAAGGUGUAGCCAACUACAACAAAGAAAAGAAAAACCACCUCAUAACCCUUCAAACAGAACACAAGUGUGUUUUGGACUCCUGCCGCUACUUGGAAAUGGAGGGUUUCGAGGUAACGUACCUUCCCGUUGAAAAAAAUGGGAUUGUGAACCUACAGAAACUUGAGGAAGCUAUCCGUCCCACAACAGCGCUCGUUUCUUGCAUGUAUGUGAACAAUGAAAUUGGUGUGAUUCAACCCAUUGGCGAAAUCGGGAAGAUAUGCAGGAAAAAGAAGGUCCUCUUUCAUACUGACGCCGCGCAGGCGGUGGGAAAGUUGGAUAUUGAUGUGGAUCGGGAUAACAUUGACCUCAUGUCAGUAUCCUCGCACAAAAUAUACGGACCGAAGGGCUGCGGUGCCCUCUACAUGCGACGCCGUCCGCGCGUCCGUGUGCGAUCACCAGUGAGUGGUGGUGGACAGGAGCGUGGUGUGCGUAGCGGCACUAUAGCCACACCACUUGCAGUGGGAUUGGGUGCAGCGUGUGAGCUAGCAAAGGUAGAGAUGAAGCGUGAUUCAGAGCGCAUCGCCCAACUUAGUAAGCGAUUAUGGGAGGGUUUGCAGAAGCGCUUAACACACAUCACACUCAAUGGUGAUGUUGAGCGCCGAUUUCACGGAAACCUUAACAUUAGCUUUGCCUGUGUGGAAGGUGAGAGUUUACUAAUGGGCAUGAAGAAGGUAGCGGUCUCGAGUGGAAGUGCAUGCACAAGCGCCUCUCUAGAGCCAAGUUAUGUUUUGCGUGCACUCGGUAUUGAUGCUGAGAAUGCACACACCUCCAUUCGAUUUGGUAUCGGUCGCUUCACUACUGAGCGAGAGGUGGAUGUUACGGUUGAGGAGUGUGCCCGCACUGUGGAAAGGUUGCGUGAAAUGUCGCCACUGUGGGACUUGCUGAUGGAAGGAAAGAGCCUUAAAGACGUGGAGUGGCGGUAG